AUGUCCCUUUUAUUAAAAAGAGGUGUUUCCACAUUACUUCGUACUAAUCAAAUUUUUUUUUCAUUGAAAAAUAGUACAAGAGGAUAUGGAUCGUAUAAACUUUUAAAAGUAUCACAAGUUAGUUCAAUUAAUCAACAAUUUCGAUUUUUUUCAAGUGAUAAAAAAGAUGACGACAAUAAUGAUAAUUCAGAUAAGAAACCAGAUGGUGUUCCAAAAAAUAGUGGAAAAGUAUAUGAUAUUGGUUCAUCCUCUGCAACAGAAGUAUCUACACCAAUUUUAGACUGGAGUGCACCAUUAAAAACUGCAAUACCUGAUGUAUGGCCGGAUGUACCUAUUAUUGCAAUUAAUAGGUAUCCCCUUUUUCCUGGAUUUAUUAAAAAAGUUGAUAUUGUUAAAGAUGAAAAAUUAAAAGAACUUUUAAGAAGGAAAGCUGCCUUGAGACAUCCAUAUGUUGGAGUCUUUGUUAAAACAAAUGAUGAAAAUAGAUCAGAGGCAGUUGAAUCUAUGAAAGAUCUUUACCAUGUAGGUAGUUUUGCACAAAUAAUUGAAAUGAGGGACACAGGAAGUGUUAUUGAAUUAGUUUUAAGUGCUAUUAGGAAAAUUAGACUAUUAGAAAAGAUUGAUGAUGUUAUAGUUGAAAAAUCUUCUGAAAGUGGGUUCAAAGUUGUUAAUAGGCUUAACACUAGACGAAAUGGUAAAGUUAAAAAAGAAAAAGAAGUUGAAGUUGAAGGAAAUGAAAGUGAAAAACCAACAUUAGAAGAAUCUAUAGUUAACAAAAAUUUAAUUUAUGGAAGAACUGAGAAUGUCGUUGAGGAUACAGUUGUUAAGACGAUAGAAAUAAAAGCACGUAUGCAGGCUAUUGUUCAGACAAUUCGUGACGUAGUACAAUAUAAUCCAUUAUUCGGGCAACAGAUAAAUUUGCUUCUUCAUCCAUCACAAAAUGUCAUAGAUAAUCCAGUAUAUUUAUGUGAUUUAGUUAGUACCCUUGUCCAAAGUGCCGAAACAAAAGAUUUACAAUCAGUAAUGGAGGAACCAAAUAUAACUAAAAGAUUGGAUCAUGCUCUAGAGUUAGCUCAAAAAGAAAAAACAGUAGCUAAAUUGAAAUUUGAUAUUAACAGAGAUGUAGAGAAAAAAGUCCAAGAUCAGCAUAGAAAAUAUCUUCUUCAUGAACAAUUAAAAGCUUUGAAGAAAGAAUUAGGAAUUGAAAAAGAAGAUAAAAGUACAAUUAUUGAGAAGAUGGAAGAAAAGAUUAGCAAACUUACAGUUCCGGAAUAUGCUAAAAAAGUUAUUGAUGAAGAAAAAACAAAACUUGGUUUCUUAGAUUCACAUUCACAAGAAUUUUCUGUUUGUCGUAAUUAUUUAGAUUGGUUAACAAGUAUGCCUUGGGGAAAGACAACUGAAGAAUCAAUGGAUAUUGAAAAAGCAACUAAAAUUUUAGAUGAAGAUCAUUAUGGAAUGAAAGAUGUAAAAGAUAGAAUUCUUGAAUUCAUUGCAGUGGGUAUUUUAAAAAAUAAAACAAGUGGUAAAAUUCUUUGUUUUCAUGGUCCCCCUGGUGUUGGUAAAACUUCAAUUGCAAGAUCUAUAGCAAGAUCUUUGAAUAGAGAAUAUUAUAGAUUUUCAGUUGGUGGAUUACAUGAUGUUGCAGAAAUAAAGGGUCACAGAAGAACGUAUAUCGGUGCUAUGCCAGGAAAAAUUGUACAAGCUUUAAAAAAAGUUCAAUCUGAAAAUCCAUUAAUUCUUAUAGAUGAAAUUGAUAAAUUAGGUGGUAAUGGAUAUCAUGGUGAUCCUGCUAGUGCAUUACUUGAGAUGUUAGAUCCAGAGCAAAAUGUCAAUUUUAAUGAUCACUUUUUAGAUGUACCUUUAGAUUUGUCAAAAAUCUUAUUUAUAUGUACUGCAAAUGAAAUUAGUAAAAUUCCUGGUCCAUUAAAAGAUCGUAUGGAAUUAAUUGAAGUUUCAGGAUAUGUAGCAGAAGAAAAAAUUAAUAUUGCCAAUUCAUACUUAAUUCCAAACACAGCAAAAGAAACUAGUAUAUCUUCCAAAUUGUUAAAUAUUACAGAUGCUGCUUUAGAUAAGAUGAUUAAACAUUAUUGUAGAGAAAGUGGAGUUAGAAAUUUACAAAAACACAUUGAAAAAAUUUUUAGAAAAGCUGCCAUUGAAAUUGCCCGAAGACCUGAAGGAAUUAAUGGUAGUCAAAUAGUUGUUGAUGAUCAUAAUUUAGAAAAAUAUGUUGGUAGACCUAAGUUUACUUCAGAUCGAUUAUAUGAUGUCACACCACCAGGUGUAGUUAUGGGAUUAGCAUGGACAGCUAUGGGUGGAAGUUCUUUGUAUAUUGAAACUGUUUUGAAAAAGAAAUUGCCAGAAACUAAAAACGUUUCAAAUGACAAUAAGAAGGGUGGUUCAGAAGGUUCAGUAGAGGUUACUGGGCAUCUUGGUGAUGUAAUGAAAGAAUCAGUUAAAAUUAGUUAUACUGUUGCCAAAAAUUAUUUAAUGAAAAUUGAUCCUGAUAACGAUUUUCUUAACAAAGCUCAUCUUCAUAUCCAUGUUCCAGAGGGUGCUACUCCAAAAGAUGGACCAUCUGCAGGAAUAACUAUAACUUCAUCUUUCAUUUCAUUGGCACUUAAUAAGCCUUUAAGACAAAAUGUUGCAAUGACUGGUGAAAUAUCACUUACAGGAAAAGUAUUACCUGUUGGAGGUAUUAAAGAAAAAAUUAUUGCUGCUAAAAGAGCUGGAAUUAAAAAUGUUGUAAUACCAUUUGAGAAUCAAAAAGAUGUUGAAGAUUUACAAGAUUUUAUCAAAAAUGAUAUUGAAAUUAAGUUUGCCAAAACGUAUAGUGAGAUGAUUGAAGAAAUUGAUAAUAGUGAUAUUGAAGCUUUAAAUGAUUUAAAGGAUGUGGAAAAAGAAAAAGUAGAAGUAGUUGACUUGACUAUAGAUGAACAAAAUGAUUUAUUAGAGGAGAGAACAAAAAAGGAAAGUAGUAUGACAAAUGAUGAACUUGAAAAUUUACGAACUGAAGCUUUAGAGAUAAAAAAAAAUGGUAACACACUUUUUGCUGAACAAAAAUUUUCUGACGCUAUUGAUAAAUACAAUCGCUGCAUUGAAGUUUGCCCUUUAAAAUAUACCAGUGAUCAUUCUGUAUUCCAUGGAAAUAUUUCUGCUUGUUAUAUAAAAUUAGAAAACUGGGAUAGUGCAAUAAAUUCAAUUGAAAAAGCACUAAACUUAGAUCAAGAAAAUUUAAAAUUCAUUGAAAGAAGAGCAUUUGCCAAAAAAAAUAAAAAAGGUGAAGCUUUAGAGGGAGCAAUUGAUGACUACAAAUUGUUAAUUGAAAAAAAUAGUGAUGCAAAAUCUAGGGCUUCUUAUGCAUUAAAAAUAAAAGAAAUUGAAGAUUUGAUUACAGAAAGAAAUGAAAAAUUGAAGGCUGACUUAAUGGAUGGACUUAAAAAGUUUGGUGAUUUUUGUUUAAAGCCUUUUGGAUUGUCCACUAAUAAUUUUGAAUUAAAACAAAAUGAAGAGGGUGGGUAUUCAAUUAAUAUGAAACAAUGA